UUACUAGUUAUUAGUUGCCCGCCUCCUCCUCCUCCGGGUCACCUCGCCCGCCUUCCCUCUCGCCCGCCGCCGUGGAGGACCCGGCCGUGCGUGCCUAUCCUAGAAACUUUCUUGAAUAGGCCUAGGUGAACAGUGAACAUACCAUGAGCAUGGAGAUAGCAGGUGCAGGGGCACCUCAGGCUCAGGGAAAGUUCUUGGGUAUACUUGUCUGCUGGCUUUUGGGAAAUGGAAGCCUUUUCGCUUGGAAUAGUAUGCUAACCAUUGAAGAUUACUAUCAAAUCCUGUUCCCGACAUACCAUCCAACAAGAGUUCUUACACUAGCUUACCAACCCUUUGCUUUUGGGAUAACCUGCAUCCUGACCUACCAUGAAGCAAAGCUCAACACAAGGAAGAGAAAUCUAUUUGGAUUUGCACUUUUCUUAGUUAGUUCUUUCGCAUUAAUAAUUCUGGAUGUUGGUACUAAAGGAAGAGGUGGACUUGGUGCAUUUAUCGGUGUCUGCAUAAUCAGUGCCUUAUUUGGGACAGCUGAUGCCAGUGUUCAAGGUGGUUUGGUUGGCGAUCUUUCCUUCAUGUGCCCAGAGUUUAUUCAGUCUUUCCUGGCUGGCCUGGCUGCAUCAGGAGUUCUAACAUCAUCCUUGAGAUUAAUUACAAAGGCAGCAUUUGAGAACUCAAAGAAUGGUCUUCGGAAUGGAGCUAUAUUGUUCUUUUCGAUAACAUGCUUCUUCGAGCUAGUUUGCCUACUGCUUUACGCAUAUGUCUUUCCCAAGUUACCCAUCGUGAAGUACUACCGAUCAAAGGCAGCUUCUGAAGGGAGCAAGACCGUUGCCAGUGAUCUUGCUGCUGCAGGACUCAACACUGAGCAAGCUGGACAAGUUGAGGAGGACCCCAAAAAAUUCGAUCGUUUAAGCACCAAACAGCUGCUGGUCCAGAACAUCGACUACGCGCUCGACAUCUUCCUGAUAUAUGUCCUCACCCUAUCAAUCUUCCCUGGAUUUUUGUCUGAAGACACUGGAUCACACAGCCUGGGAACAUGGUACGUGCUGACGCUCAUUGUGAUGUACAACGUGUGGGAUCUGAUCGGGAGGUACCUGCCACUGGUCAAAUGCAUCAAGCUGACCUCCCGGAAGGGUCUCACGGCCGCGAUCCUGGCCCGGUUCUUGUUCGUCCCGGCGUUCUACUUCACGGCCAAGUACGGCGACCAAGGCUACAUGAUCUUCCUGACGUCCUUCCUGGGCCUCACCAAUGGCUUCCUCACCGUCUGCGUCCUCACCGAGGCGCCCAAAGGAUACAAGGGGCCGGAGCAGAAUGCGCUGGGGAACGUGCUGGUGGUCUGCCUCCUCGGCGGCAUCUUCUCCGGCGUGGUGCUCGACUGGCUGUGGUUGAUAGGGAAGGGUUGGUGAUCAUAUCUCCCUAUCCUGCCCGGCGUGAGAGGCCAUUAGUUCUCUUCUCUUUGUUUUGUUCCGAUUCGAUCAGCGAGGGAAACCGCGGUAACGCCGGGCCCCUCGCGGGCUCGCUCUUUAGCCGCGCCUGUUGCAGCUUGCAAGGGAAAAAAA